AUGUCAAAACAGCCGGGGGCCAUCAAGCAAGCCUGGUACAAGUGGAAGAGUCUGCGUCUUCCAUGGCGACGAAAGUGGCUUGUCGGCGCUGAUCUUUCGGGCAACACCUUUUGGGAGUUCAAGGACGCUAUCAAUGCUGGUCGAAUGCGAAGAAUCGUCCAAUACAGCAGUCAGGGACAUUAUGCUGAUGUCAAAAUUUCACCACAAUGGCACCAGUGGUUACGCCAGGUUCGCCCAGAAGCUCCUACGCUCCAGGAACAACAGUACGAGGUAUCUCGGCAAGCACAGAUGCGUCAACUGGCUGCCGCUGCAGACGAGCGAUGGGCUGCACAAGAAUCUUUCUUGGAUGCACCAUCGAAGCAACAACCUGCACCAGCUAUAGGUGUGAAGGAUCCGGCAGGAUACAUGCAUCAGAAUCAGACUGAGCCUACUGAGAACGAAGGUGUCAGAAGUGCGGUAGGUGAUGCAAGUGAGGUUGAUGCUUCAUCCGAGGGCAGAACCAAGGACGACGGCAGAUUCAAAGGCAGAGCCAGAGACAAGGAGGCAAACCCGUGGAAGCAAGCACCGAAGGGAAAUCCAGGAGAUGACUGGCAGCCACAGAGUUGGACUCCUGGUGUGAGUCGUAGAUAG